CCCAUUUAUUUGACAUAUACCUCAAAAUUUAGGUGAGAGAGAGAGAGAGAGAUGGCCGCCAUGAAUUCAAAACACGGUGAGUUGAGAGUGUUGAUGUUUCCAUGGUUGGCUCAUGGCCAUGUUUUUCCCUUUCUUGAACUAGCAAAAGGCCUUGUCAAGAAACACUUCCAUGUCUACUUGUGCUCCACAUCCAUCAACCUCGACUCCGUCAGAAACAGUCUCAACAACGACAACGAUGGUCAUAUCCCGAUCGAGCUAGUCGAACUUCCUCUCCCAUCCCUUCCUGACCUCCCUCCACACUACCACACCACCAAGAACAUCCCACCCCACCUCAUGCCCACCCUCAUGAAGGCCUUCCAGAUGUCAGCUCCGGCCUUCUCCGGCAUCAUCGCUGACGUCAAGCCCGACUUGCUCAUCUACGACGGCUUCCAGCCCUGGGCAGCCAGGGCUGCGGCAGCCCAGGGCAUCCCGCCCGUCCUCUUCUGCACUUCUGGCUCCACCUCGCUCGCCUUCUUCCACCACCACCACACUCAUAAGAGCUGGGACACCUUCCCUUCCGACGCCAUACGGUUGAAAGAGCACGAGAAGAGGGCCAUGAUCGCCAUCAAAGUCGAGAAUGUUGAUGAUGGAGACUUCAUCUUCGGCAUCUUCAAACUCUCUUGUGAGAUAGUCUUGAUCAAGAGCUACAGAGCGUUUGAGGGGAAGUACAUGGACUAUCUGUCUAGUUUAUGCGAGAGAAAGCUCGUCCCAACCGGUCCCUUGAUCGCGCAUGGCGACGACGAAGGUGUUGAUGAUCAAGACCUCGAGAUGAUGAGAUGGCUCGGUGAGAGAGAGGAAGGCUCAACUCUCUACAUCUCAUUUGGGAGUGAGAAUUAUGUGUCAAAGGAGCAGAUGGUGGAGAUAGCAAAAGGGUUGGAGGUAAGUGGUGUUAACUUCAUAUGGGUUGCUCGGUCUCCGGUGGGGGAUGACGCAGCCGUGCCGGAGGGGAGGAGGGAGAAGGGGGUGGUGGUGAGGGGGUGGGCGCCGCAGGCCGCCAUCUUGGGGCAUCGGAGUGUGGGAGGGUUCAUGACACAUUGCGGGUGGAGCUCGGUGACGGAGAGCGUGUACUACGGUGUUCCGAUGGUGGCGGUGGCGUUCAAGGCGGAUCAGCCGGUGAAUGCGAGGCUGGCGGUGGAGGCCGGCAUCGGGGUGGAGGUGGAGAGGGGUGAGGAUGGGGGGUUUGAUGGGGAAGGGGUGGCGAGGGCUAUUAAUGAGGUGUUUGUGGAGGGGAGAGAAGGGUUUAGGAGGAGAGUGGGGGAGUUGAGGGAGAAGAUGAAGGUGGAGGAGGAGGAAGCCAUGAAUCAAGUGGUGGAGGAGCUUUCCAGAAUAUCGAAUAAGGGAAGGAGACAGUAUACAAAGGAUUAAUUUGUGACGUUAUACAAAGAAUAUUCGUCCCUUUUUUAGUGGUUUGAGAUACAAACUGGUCACCAUUACCUUUUUUAAUCCUAUAUUGCUUCGCUUUUAUAAUGUUAAUUUUAUUUCAGCUGCAGUUAUUAAUGAAUUGAAUUCCUACCAUUAUCAAUUAA